UCGCGAGAGCGACUCGAAAGCAUACGGAGCUAUCGCGGUACUUUGAUGUCACACACCGAUCUGUCUUUCUUCUGUAACUCCUGCAGCCAUGAUGCUGCCUGUUCGACAGUCGUUUUACUCCAUGUUGGGAACCUUCUCUAUCGCAGUAAGUCAAUCGCUGUGUGUGUUGCGCAGCUGAAUUUGAAGGCAGCUGAUGGAGAAAAUGUCACCAUAUCCUUCAAAACUGCUGGACUUGAGAGAGCCGACCAAGUGAAGAUAACUUUUACAAGAGGAUGUAAGAAAAAUCUGAUUGCGCAGUACUGUCGCUGUGCUCAUUGUGGGGACUGUGAUGCCGUGGAAACACCGGGAGUCGUACUGAGAGUUGAAGAAGGAACCUUAACUCUUCUACGUGUCAGCUCCAAUAACUCAGGCCUCUAUGAAGUAAUAAUCAUUGGAAAUAACGUGUCUGAGAUGAAAGUUACACUUGUUGUCAACAAACCACCAUUUUCCUCCAGUAUAGAGCCAAGACAAACCUCCAUCUCAAAACCUCCCAACGUCUCUGAAAGACACAGGCUAUGUGUGUUACCUGCUCUAGUUGUAUUCAGCCUGGGGGUCUUAGGGGUUUAUUUGCUCUAUAAAUGGAAGAGGGGAUGUGAGCCAGUAGCUGAUGCUGAAGCAGCCAGAGAUCCAGUGUGAAGCGCUUGCAUUCAGUGAAGAACACAAGCGACUUAUGAAUGACACAAAUGAUUUCAACUAGUUUAAAGCCAGAUGAAACAGCACUGACAAAUAGCAGAAGCACUGUGAGCAAUGAGACAGUCAGAAGCCUUUUCAGUCUAUAAAUCGCCAUCAUUUACCAUGGGUUUACUGUAGUAACACGAACCACUAUGGUAUUGUGGCAGAGAUGCGGGAUAUUCAGAUAGAAUUUUAUUAUAUUAUUCACGUAGACUAUAGCGUUUGUGCUUUUAUACUAAAUGUGUUUCGACUACUGUUUUUCAUACAAAUACCUAGAAACAAAGUUAAAUUUUUACCUUGGUGUUGAGGUGUUAUGUGUGGUUUUAACUGUGGUUAUCAUGAUCUAAAUGUGUGCUAUAUGGAAGACCAGUGGUUAA